GAGGGCGUUUCCCGCAUACUUGCCACCGGUGGCACCAACUACAUCGGUUUCGUUGAUGACAACACUGUGCUCAAAUACCCUCACGAUCCCAAAAAUCUUUCUCAACUGGAGUGCGAAGAGAAGAUCUAUACUCAUCUUGGCCCUAAUCCUCGCAUACUGGAGUACAAGGGCAAAACUGAGCAGGGCAUUCUGCUGCAGCUUGCAACUAAUGGUUCGCUCGCCAAAUAUCUCCAGCAAGACUCUUUGGUUUCUGCAACGACUAGGCAGAAGUGGGCCUUACAAACAGCUGAAGCUGUGGCCUAUAUCUACAAACAGCACGUUCUCCACUGCGACUUGAACGCUACAAACCUUCUGCUGGACAACGACCUCAAUAUUCUUCUCUGCGACUUUCAGGGACGCGUUCUAGGCCUAGAUGGUAGCGUCCAAGUUGACGGCGGAGUAUGCGAGAACGCGAAAUCACGUAUGCCCGGCAAAGCAGAUGACGAGGCUAGUAUAGAAACCGACAUUUUUGCACUUGGAUCGACGAUCUACUAUAUCAUGCAAGGCUAUGAACCCUUUCCAGAACUGGACACGUUCGAGGAUGAAGUUGUAAUCCAGACGCGUUUUGCGUUGCACGACUUCCCCGUUCUGGACAACCUUCUUGUCGGCAGGAUCGUACACAGGUGCUGGAGCGGUGCAUAUACGGCUGUGGAAGAAGUUGUGCACGAUCUCAGAGCACUGAGUACAUGAAGUGGCAACGAAGACGGCAGACUGAUCAAGCAAUUACUGUCUCGACUGUUUGGUGGAUAAGCCAAAGAGCUCUUUGCUCAGGAUCCUCCAGAAUCGUGCCCGAUGGACCUUCACUCAUAACGUCAAAGAGGACUAUGUGUGAGCUUCUUCUUCGACCAGCAAGUCUUAUUUGACUUCUUCCCAACCAAUCUUGAUCGCUUUGCUGCGCACCUGAGGCAGAGGAACUUAUUGGUCGAUGGGAAAUCAUUCGCUGUACCAUCACUUCCGGCGUACGCUCUUUUCCUUUGGAAAGCUCGCUGCGACUGCCGGCCGAACCGACAAACCCCAAUGAUGGAACCGAUUUGAUCUGGCUCACGAAGGAUCCCAGAGCUGGCGGCGCACUUUGCCGAACUUCAAAUCCCAAUCGAUACGGCUGCAAAGGUUCUUGAUUGCAGUCUGGAGGCGCAGGCGCUGCGACAGAUGACAACCGGAUGGGAUCCAGGCGGCACUAGGCACCUCUGUGGUAUACUCUCGAUCAAGCGGGGGGCCCAGAAGUGCUGGUCAAGGGCAUCCAUAUGCGCUGUUGUUCAACCAAGUGCGGCUGAUGGAGGACUCAGGCUCAAUUGCGACUGCUAGCCGGGUCGAACGGAUCGUUGGCAGCGCGGAGACCUUUCAGAUAGCCUUGGAGGUCCCUUCCCCUUCCCGUCCCAAAGCUCCUAGUCUGUAGAAAUGCUUCUUGCAUCUGCACUCCGCACUGGCAUCAAGUCCGGCUGUCCUUUAUAUCGUCGAUUCGAUGUGAAAUUUGCGCCUCGAAGUGUCGUCUCUGAAUUAGUUACUGACAACCU